AUGGCCUGGUCAUGGAAUAGUGUUACCGGAUGUACAUGUUCAUCAUGUUCCCAAGGAAAUGCGGCAAUUCAUUCACAAAUACCAGAGGCAGUGAGAUCUCCUGGAACGCAAGGUCGGACUGACGGUGAAUUUUUCGAGAAUACUUCACCGAAUUGUUCAUCCAAAUGCGUUGCAAACGGCUGUAUGGCCUGGUCAUGGAAUAGUGUUACCGGAUGUACAUGUUCAUCAUGUUCCCAGGGAAAUGCGCCAAGUCGUUUACAAAUACCAGGUGCAAGAGUAUCUUCAGGAUCAUUAGAUCUAACUGGCCAAAAGGAACUUGGAUUGUUAGCAUUCAUUAGUGCUCUGCAUACUAUUCCCGAAACGACAGUUGAUCAACAAAUGCGAGAGAAAAGAGUUAUAGCAGCUGUCACUCCGUCACUCCGGAGUGACGAAGUGAACCGGAGUGGAAGUUCACUUCGCGGAGUAGUGGAGUAUGGAGUACGGUGUUUCCCCCUUGGUGCGCAGGGAUUACAAGGAACAUCAGGCGCAACGAGAUCUCCAGGAUCGCAAGGUCGGACUGGCGAUGAAUUUACCGCAAAUUCUUCAUCCAACUGUUCAUCCAAAUGCCACACAAACGGCUGUAUGCUCUGGUCAUGGAAUAGCGUUACCGGAUGUACAUGUUCAUCAUGUUCCCAAGGAAAUGCGGCAAUUCAUUCACAAAUACCAGAGGCAGUGAGAUCUCCUGGAACGCAAGGUCGGACUGACGGUGGAUCUUUCGAGAAUACUUCACCGAAUUGUUCAUCCAAAUGCGUUGCAAACGGCUGUAUGACCUGGUCAUGGAAUAGUGUUGCCGGAUGUACAUGUUCAUCAUGUUCCCAGGGAAAUGCGCCAGGUGGUUUACAAAUACCAGGUGCAAGAGUAUCUUCAGGAUCAUUAGGUCCAACUGGCCAAAAGGUUGAUCAUGGAUGA